AUGUCCAGCGCAAUAUCCAUGAGCCCGAGAUCUAAUAGCGUCGAAAAAUCUAACAGCCAAGCAUCCGGCGACCAAGAAAAAAAAUGGCACUUUCGUCUCCCUACUUUCUCUUCAAAGACACCACCACCGCCGGCAAAGAAUUCAAUCAAUGAUGCCCUUCUCAUCCCAGAGGCAACGGCUAGCAUCUUCAGUAAAAUCAUCUUCCAAUGGAUAAACCCUCUUAUGACCUUGGGCUAUGCCCGACCCCUUGAGGCCUCCGAUCUAUGGAAGUUGCAACCAGAACGAAGCGCAGCUUAUAUUGCAAAUCAAAUCAAUGUUUCUUUUGACCGCCGGGUUCAAGAAGCGAACGAGUACAACACCCGUCUCGCCGAAGGCAGAAUUGGCCCCGGCAUCAAAGGUCUUUGGUGGUCUCUCACCGGUACAAGGGAAGAAAAGGAGAAAUUAUGGAGGGAGAAAACAGGCAGGAAGAGAGCUAGCCUUGUGUGGGCUAUGAAUGACAGCGUAGCGUGGUGGUUUUGGAGUGCGGGCGCGCUUAAAGUCGUUGGUGAUACUGCCCAAGUUACCAGUCCUCUUGUUGUCAAGGCCAUCAUCACAUUUGCGACGGAAUCUUACAUUGCCCAUCGGACAGGCGGGAAAAUCCCGCCAAUAGGCAAAGGCGUCGGUUUGGCCUUUGUACUCCUUGUCCUCCAACUCAUUGGCUCCCUCUGCACACAUCAAUUCUUUUAUCGCAGCAUGUCUGCCGGAGUUUUGUUGCGCGGAGGGCUGAUUACUGCCAUUUACUCACGCUCUUUAAAGCUUACUUCUCGCGCAAGGUCGACACUUACGAACGGAAAACUCGUCAACCAUAUCUCGACAGAUGUAUCCAGGAUAGACUUUUGCGCGGGCUUCUUUCACAUGGCAUGGACAGCCCCGAUUCAAAUGAUUAUUUGUCUAAUCCUCCUCAUUCUCAACUUGGGCCCCUCCGCGUUGGCUGGCUUCGCAUUCUUCAUUUUCAUGAUGCCUAUUCAAACCUUUGUCAUGAAAAAGCUCUUUGGCCUCCGUCGCAAAAGCAUGGUUUGGACCGAUAAACGUGCUAAAUUGCUCCAGGAACUACUUGGCGGCAUGAAGGUCACCAAGUUUUUUGCUUGGGAGGUACCGUUCUUGGGUCGUAUCUUCGAUUACAGGCGCAGGGAAAUGGCGUACAUUCGGUCCUUACUACUAAUUCGAUCGGGAAUGAACGCAGUAGCGAUGAGCAUGCCUGUGCUCGCCUCCGUUAUUGCGUUCAUCACGUACUCGGCGACAGGCCAUACCUUGGAGCCCUCAGUGAUAUUCGCUUCCUUAACCCUCUUUAAUCUUCUUCGAUUGCCCCUAAUGUUUCUACCUAUGUCAUUCAGCGCAAUCGCUGACGCAGCCAAUGCCACAGGCCGCCUCCGUGAGGUCUUUGAGGCUGAGCUAUUGGAAGAGACGCACAUCGUCGACGAAAAUCUUGACGUAGCGAUCGAAGUAAAGGGUGCUUCUUUUUCGUGGGACUCACCACCUCCCGAGGAGCAGUUGUCGAAGAAGAAGCAGGCCGCCAAGACGAAAGCUGAAGCCUUGCAAAAGAGGCAGUCUGCGAUCGACGACAAGAAAAAAGCUGAGGUGGGACAGGAUAAAGCUGAAGGGGAGCAUGUCUUCAAAAUUCGUGAUGUCACUUUAUCAAUCCCUCGCGGAAAGUUGGUCGCGUUCGUUGGUCCUGUGGGGAGCGGCAAGACAUCCUUGUUGCAGGGUAUUAUUGGGGAAAUGAGGAAAACCAGUGGGAGCAUCACGUUCGGGGGCUCUGUUGCCUAUUGUCCGCAAAGUGCUUGGAUUCAGAAUGCCACAGUCCGGGAGAAUGUUUGUUUUGGCCGCCCGUUCGAGGAAGAGAGGUACUGGAAAGCCAUCCAUGAUUCUUGUCUGGGGCCCGACUUGGAGAUACUGCCGAAUGGUGACAUGACCGAGGUCGGAGAAAAGGGUAUCUCCUUAUCCGGCGGGCAGAAGCAGCGAUUAAACAUUUGCCGUGCUAUCUAUUGCGAUACUGACAUACAAAUUUUCGAUGACCCACUCUCUGCUCUCGACGCCCACGUUGGUAAAGCUGUUUUCCAGAACGUUUUGCAAAACAGUCUUUCUGGGAAAACUCGCAUCCUCGUCACCCAUGCUCUUCACUUCCUGCCGCAAGUGGACUACAUUUAUGUAAUAUCGGAGGGGCACAUCGCAGAAUUUGGGACAUACUCUGAGCUCAUGAGCCACGGAAAGGAUUUCUCGCGCUUCGUGACCGAGUUCGGCUCAAAGGAAGAAGAGGAGAAGAAGGAAGUUGCAAUAGUGGAUCAAGACACCAAGAAACAAGAGGACGGGUUGAAAAAGGCCGUUGGCGGUGCAGGCAUGAUGCAAGCUGAGGAGCGUAACACGGGCGCGAUUUCCUGGCAGGUCUACAAGACAUACCUCAGUGCGGGUAGAGCACAGGUUGUCCUUCCCCUCCUGUUGUUGUCUUUGAUUCUCAUCCAAGGAGCAACUGUCAUGGGCUCCUACUGGCUGGUCUACUGGCAGGAACGCAAAUGGCCUCAACCUCAGGGUUUCUAUAUGGGCAUUUACGCAGGUCUGGGUGUUAGUCAAGCAUUCUUUUCAUUUUGCAUGGGAGCCAUGUUCAGCCUGCUUACAUACUUCGCAUCUCAACGGCUACAUAAGGCUGCCAUUGAGCGAGUCAUGCGUGCACCCAUGUCGUUUUUCGAGACCACACCUCUUGGCCGUAUAAUGAAUCGGUUUUCCAAAGAUAUCGACACCAUCGAUAACCUGCUUGGAGAUUCCCUCCGCAUGUUUUCAGCCACGGCUUCAAGUAUUCUUGGCGCUAUCAUCUUGAUUUCGAUAGUCCUUCCGUGGUUUUUAAUUGGUGUCGUUGUGAUCCUCGGUGGCUAUUGGUACGCAGCUAUGUUCUACCGCGCCAGCGCUAGAGAACUCAAACGUCUUGAUGCCGUUCUGAGAUCAUCUCUAUACUCCCAUUUUUCUGAAAGCUUGUCUGGCUUAGCCACUAUUCGUGCAUACGGGGAAGCGGAUCGCUUCCUCUUGGACAACGAGAAAAGGGUUGACAUUGAGAACCGCGCUUACUGGUUGACUGUCACGAAUCAGCGCUGGCUGGGGAUACGUCUCGACUUUUUGGGUUCCCUGUUGACUUUCAUUGUUGCAAUGCUCACCGUAGGGACGAGGUUCACGAUAUCUCCGGCCCAGACUGGCUUGGUGCUGGCGUACAUCCUCAGCGUACAGCAAGCGUUCGGCUGGAUGGUGCGACAAAGCGCAGAAGUGGAAAACAACAUGAACUCGGUGGAACGGAUUGUCCACUACGCGACUGAGAUCGAGCAAGAAGCCGCCCACGAGAUCCCAGACAUGAAACCUCCACAGUCGUGGCCUGCUCAUGGCGAGGUGGAAUUGAAGGACAUCGUUCUCAAUUACCGAUCGGAACUUCCUCCUGUUUUGAAGGGUAUCUCCAUGUCUGUCAAAGCUGGAGAAAAGAUUGGAAUUGUGGGCAGAACGGGGGCUGGGAAGAGUUCCAUUAUGACGGCGUUAUUCCGCAUCGUCGAGCUUUCAUCGGGUUCCAUCCUGCUCGAUGGCGUCGAUGUUUCUCAGAUUGGGCUGACGGAUUUGAGGAAAAGUUUGGCAAUUAUCCCACAAGACCCUCUUUUAUUUUCAGGAACCUUGCGGACAAACCUCGAUCCUUUCAACCUUCAUGACGACGCCACACUAUGGGAUGCCCUGAAAAGGUCGUAUCUGGUGGCGGACACGUCAAGGCGAAAUUCGGUUGUCCCGGAGGAAGAUUCGUCGAGUGGGGUGCAUACCCCGGUGAACCGGUUUACCCUGGACACUGUGAUCGAGGAUGAAGGCGGAAACUUAUCAAUAGGCCAGCGAUCACUGGUUUCUCUCGCUCGAGCUCUUGUGAAAAAUUCGAGAGUCAUCAUCCUUGAUGAAGCAACUGCGUCGGUGGAUUACGAAACCGAUCGUAAUAUACAAGAUACCAUUGCAUAUGAGUUCAAAGACAAAACCAUUCUUUGCAUUGCUCAUCGGCUUCGCACAAUCAUUUCCUAUGACAGGAUUUGUGUCCUCGAUGCUGGGCAGAUUGCAGAAUUCGACACGCCUGCACGGCUCUACGAAAUGACGGAGGGCAUUUUCAGAGGAAUGUGUGAGCGCUCUUCGAUAACCAUGGAAGACAUCAAGAUGGCAAUGAAGGUAACGAAGGAAGACGCAUGA